CAACCCUCCCAAUCAACUAGCCAAGACACCCGGUUCGAAUCAAUUUUUUUUACCUUUUUUUCUUAUUUUUAUUUUUUACCUUCAUCCUCCUCAAGGACUCCCAAUAGCCCCUCUUAAGUUUUCCUGUCCAAAAUAUUAUUUGGUUCUAUUCUGGAUAGGUCGUGAUUCGAUUUCUCGUGUGCGUCAACUUUUUUUUCUUAUUGAGCUAGGCGUUGUAGAUAAUACUUAUUCAAUUAAGUUAGUUAGACCCUUGUUUGCCUAAGCAUGUAUGUGCCCUUAGCCCAAUAGAGGGUAGUUGUGCGUAGAGUAGAUAGUCUGGCCUAUUUCCCAUCAUCUAAGGCAUCAUUGCUAGAGGAACGAUGUGAGGUCCUUGAUCAAUGAUGGCCCUAAGACUCCCUAGUAACCACCAAUGCCUAAGGUGAUGCUUACCUCUGUAUUAUAAAUGAACAUACAUCUUACGCUUUUUAACUUUCGAUCUUUCAUCUAUCAUUAUCAGAGCACCACCCCCUAAGAACCACAUAAGAUCGAUCUUAUCCGACAAAACACCAUCCAACCCAGAACCAGCAACAGUACAACGCUUACCACUCCUCCUUAACACGCGUGCCAUCACUCCUUACCGCCAACUAACCUUCUCUCCCUUUUCUCACAGGCCGUGAAAAAGUCUCACUGCUCAAUAGCUAACUUCCACCAUGUUCGGCCACAGACUAUCCCAGCUCACCAGAGCCCUCAACGACGAAGUCACCCAACGAGGCCGAUCAAGCAACCGUACCCCCUACCUCAACGAGCCAGGCCUCAACCUAACCAUAAACAACAACUAUUCACGUUCCCCAUCACGCGCCCGAUCCCCCGCACACUUCAUCAUAUGUUCAAUCUGCGGCACGGGCUUCUCGUCGCGCCGCAGAUUUAACAGGCACGACUGCCACGACCCCGACGACGGGGAACGAUACUCCAUCGUCAGCGAAAGAUCGCGUAGUAGAGGGCGCCGCCAUAUACCGCACCAACAUCAACACCAACAACAGGGGGGGUGGAACGAUCCGACACCACCACAAGCGGGUCAACACGAAGAAAUCGAGAUGCUACGCGCUCAAAUCAUCGGAUUACGCGACGAGCUACAUGAAUUCCGACGUGAAUUCGAGGAGUACAAGAAAUCCCGAACACCUACCUCGACAAAACUCGUGCGCAAAGGACCAGAGCCAGAAACGGAUUCGGGGAUAGAAUCGAGCCCGCAAACUCCUCAGAGUCAAGGGGCCGCCAGCGGUCCAUCGACUACCGAUGAUGCAAAUGAUGGUAGCGAAUCGCUGGGUAACGACAAACAGGACAAUGAUGUUAACGAGUGGGCGGGUGGUCGCAACGAGCCGGAUGACGAGGCGUCGCGGUGGUAAUAAGACACAGUAUAUCAUCGGUGAGGCGCCGACGUGGUCAGCGAUGAUAGGUGGAGAUUUUAGAUAACUCCGAUGAAGAGUUAAUAUGGGUCCUAGGGCAAUGACUUCCCAGGCAACCACCCACAGUGCCGAUAUGGUGCCUGAGGCGAUGAUGUGGAUUGUGAUAAAUAUCACACUAUCUACUUGAUAGAUAAUCUACCUAUCAACCAUAAACUCUUCUUUCUUGGGAACUGCGACGAUCUCUAAAAACCUUAAUGUGUAUUGCUAUGCUCGAUUUGGCCUGACCCAACUAACUCCUUA